AUGGCCGAUACAGAUAAAUUAAAUAUUGACAGUAUUAUAGCACGUCUUCUUGAAGUUCGUGGGUCUAGACCAGGCAAAAAUGUUCAGUUGACAGAGUCUGAAAUCAGGGGUCUGUGUCUGAAAUCUCGGGAGAUCUUUCUGAGUCAGCCAAUCUUAUUGGAGCUUGAAGCACCACUGAAAAUUUGUGGUGACAUUCAUGGGCAAUAUUAUGACCUCUUGCGUCUCUUUGAGUAUGGCGGCUUUCCACCGGAGUCCAACUACCUCUUCUUGGGUGAUUAUGUAGACAGAGGGAAGCAGUCCUUGGAAACCAUCUGCCUACUGCUGGCUUACAAGAUCAAAUACCCAGAAAACUUCUUUCUCCUGCGAGGCAACCACGAGUGUGCUAGCAUCAACAGAAUAUAUGGAUUUUACGAUGAAUGCAAAAGGCGGUACAAUAUCAAACUGUGGAAAACAUUUACAGACUGUUUCAACUGCUUGCCGAUUGCUGCUAUCAUUGAUGAGAAAAUCUUCUGUUGCCAUGGAGGCUUAAGCCCAGACCUGCAGUCCAUGGAACAAAUCCGGCGAAUCAUGCGCCCAACAGAUGUACCAGACCAGGGCCUGCUGUGUGACCUCCUGUGGUCUGACCCAGACAAGGAAACUAUGGGCUGGGGAGAGAACGACAGGGGUGUCUCCUUCACUUUUGGAGCCGAAGUCGUAGCCAAAUUUUUACACAAACAUGAUCUGGAUCUCAUCUGUCGAGCCCAUCAGGUGGUUGAAGAUGGCUAUGAAUUUUUUGCUAAGCGACAGCUGGUGACUCUGUUCUCGGCACCAAACUACUGUGGAGAAUUUGACAAUGCUGGGGCCAUGAUGAGUGUCGACGAGACACUGAUGUGUUCCUUUCAGAUUCUGAAACCAGCUGACAAAAAGAAAUUCCCAUAUGGAGGCUUGAAUGCAGGCAGGCCUGUAACACCACCACGUGGCAACCAAAAGGCUAAAGGAAAAAUGUAG